UCUCAUUGGUCAGACAGAAGACUUGAUGUUUCCGCGAAAUCUAUUUAAGAACGAGUUGGCGUAUCCAGGUUCAGACUAGUAAUAGCCUCCUUCUAUUUCUAUCAGGAACUGAUAACUGAUAGACAUGCCUGGCCAUAUUAAGAAAACUUCUGGACCUGACCCAGAUCCAUCCCCAUGGCUACUUGUCAAUGAAGAAAUCAAACUGAAGAACAAGGCUAAACCUUAUGACCCUAAAAAGUCUGUUUGGGUUCCUAAUAAGGCUGAUGGAGGAUAUCUUGAGGGACUUUUGGAGUCGACAGAGGGUAACAAGGUGACCGUUAGUCUCCAGACUAAGAUUGCCAGUGUUGAAAAAUCCAAGGCCCGUCUUGCAGCUGAUCUUGAUGAAAUUUCAAUGGAGUAUGAGCGUGUUCAUGCUGCUGCUCUUAUUACUGAAAAGAGAGGUAAGAACUUUGACAAGGUCCUAGGUGAGUGGCAAGCAAAGGCUGCUGAUGUUGCUGCUGAGGUAGAAGCAUCUCAAAGUGAGGGACGGAACUAUAGCUCUGAGCUUUUCCGCCUGAAGGCUGCUCAAGAUGAGGCUCUGGAGCAGCUUGAUAUUGUCAAGCGUGAAAAUAAGAAUCUUGCUGAUGAAAUCAAGGAUCUUCUUGAUCAGCUAGGAGAUGGAGGGCGGUCAAUUCAUGACCUGGACAAACAGCGCAGGAGACUUGAGCAAGAAAAGGAAGAGCUUCAAGCUGCACUGGAGGAGGCUGAAUGUGCUCUUGAGCAGGAGGAAAAUAAGGUGCUUAGGGCCCAGCUUGAAUUAAGCCAAGUUCGCCAGGAAAUUGACAGAAGAGUUGGUGAAAAGGAGGAAGAGUUUAACAAUACUCGUAAAAACCACCAACAUGCUAUGGAAUCACUAGGAGCCUCCCUUGAAGCUGAGCAAAGAGCAAAGGCUGAAGCUCUCCGCAUUAAGAAAACUCUAGAAGGAGGCAUUAAUGAGUUGGAGAUUGGACUUGACCAUGCCAACAAAGCUAACUCUGAGGGCCUAAAGGCAAUUAAGCGUUAUCAGGGCCAACUUAGAGAAACAAUUCAAGCCUAUGAGGAUGAAGCUCGUCAGCGCCAACAAGUUUCUGAGCAAGUUGGAAUUUCUGAGCGCAAGGCUGCUGCUCUGUCUGGAGAGGUUGAGGAGAGCCGUGCUCUUCUUGAUUCAGCAGAAAGAGCAAAACGCCAGUUGGAUAUGGAAAUUGCUGAUUCUCGCAACAGCUGCAAUGAGCUUCAAGCCAUUAAUGUUAGAGAUAUGUCUCACAAGCGCUCUCUUGAGGGUCAGCUUCAUACAGUCCAGGCUGAAAUUGAUUCUGUUCUUCAGGCUGCCAAAAAUGCAGAAGAGAAGUCCAAGAAGGCUAUGGUUGAUGCUGCUCGUCUAGCUGAUGAACUCAGAUCUGAGCAAGAUCAUGCUCACUGCCAAGCAUCUGCCAAGAGGGCUUUGGAAGCCCAGCUUGGAGAUCUUGAGGGACGUCUUGCUGAUGCUGAAGCUGCUGCCAUGAAGGGAGGCAAAGCUGCCAUGGCUAAGCUUGAGAUGAGAAUUAGGGAGCUUGAAAAUGAGUUGGGAUCUGUUCAAAGCCGUACUUCUGAGAAUAUGAAGGCAUACCAACGAGCUGAACGUAAGGUUAAAGAACUUACAUUUGCUCAGGAUGAAGACAAGAAGAACCAAGAAAAAAUGUCUGACCUUGCUGGCAAGCUUCAACAAAAGAUCAAGACUUACAAGCAACAGAUUGAGGAGGCUGAAGAGAUUGCUGCUCUUAACCUUGCUAAGUUCCGCAAGGCACAGCAAGAGUUGGAAGAGACUGAAGAAAGAUCAAAGAUGGCUGAUGCUGGAAUCCAGGUUGCCCGAUUUUGCUGGCUGAUGGAGGAUAUUAGUCUCCAGACUAAGAUUGCCAGUGUUGAAAAAUCCAAGGCCCGUCUUGCAGCUGAUCUUGAUGAAAUUUCAAUGGAGUAUGAGCGUGUUCAUGCUGCUGCUCUUAUUACUGAAAAGAGAGGUAAGAACUUUGACAAGGUCCUAGGUGAGUGGCAAGCAAAGGCUGCUGAUGUUGCUGCUGAGGUAGAAGCAUCUCAAAGUGAGGGACGGAACUAUAGCUCUGAGCUUUUCCGCCUGAAGGCUGCUCAAGAUGAGGCUCUGGAGCAGCUUGAUAUUGUCAAGCGUGAAAAUAAGAAUCUUGCUGAUGAAAUCAAGGAUCUUCUUGAUCAGCUAGGAGAUGGAGGGCGGUCAAUUCAUGACCUGGACAAACAGCGCAGGAGACUUGAGCAAGAAAAGGAAGAGCUUCAAGCUGCACUGGAGGAGGCUGAAUGUGCUCUUGAGCAGGAGGAAAAUAAGGUGCUUAGGGCCCAGCUUGAAUUAAGCCAAGUUCGCCAGGAAAUUGACAGAAGAGUUGGUGAAAAGGAGGAAGAGUUUAACAAUACUCGUAAAAACCACCAACAUGCUAUGGAAUCACUAGGAGCCUCCCUUGAAGCUGAGCAAAGAGCAAAGGCUGAAGCUCUCCGCAUUAAGAAAACUCUAGAAGGAGGCAUUAAUGAGUUGGAGAUUGGACUUGACCAUGCCAACAAAGCUAACUCUGAGGGCCUAAAGGCAAUUAAGCGUUAUCAGGGCCAACUUAGAGAAACAAUUCAAGCCUAUGAGGAUGAAGCUCGUCAGCGCCAACAAGUUUCUGAGCAAGUUGGAAUUUCUGAGCGCAAGGCUGCUGCUCUGUCUGGAGAGGUUGAGGAGAGCCGUGCUCUUCUUGAUUCAGCAGAAAGAGCAAAACGCCAGUUGGAUAUGGAAAUUGCUGAUUCUCGCAACAGCUGCAAUGAGCUUCAAGCCAUUAAUGUUAGAGAUAUGUCUCACAAGCGCUCUCUUGAGGGUCAGCUUCAUACAGUCCAGGCUGAAAUUGAUUCUGUUCUUCAGGCUGCCAAAAAUGCAGAAGAGAAGUCCAAGAAGGCUAUGGUUGAUGCUGCUCGUCUAGCUGAUGAACUCAGAUCUGAGCAAGAUCAUGCUCACUGCCAAGCAUCUGCCAAGAGGGCUUUGGAAGCCCAGCUUGGAGAUCUUGAGGGACGUCUUGCUGAUGCUGAAGCUGCUGCCAUGAAGGGAGGCAAAGCUGCCAUGGCUAAGCUUGAGAUGAGAAUUAGGGAGCUUGAAAAUGAGUUGGGAUCUGUUCAAGGCCGUACUUCUGAGAAUAUGAAGGCAUACCAACGAGCUGAACGUAAGGUGAAAGAACUUGGAUUUGCUCAAGAUGAAGACAAGAAAAACCAAGAAAAAAUGUCUGACCUUGCUGGCAAGCUUCAACAAAAGAUAAAGACUUACAAGCAACAGAUUGAGGAGGCUGAAGAGAUUGCUGCUCUUAACCUCGCAAAGUUCCGUAAGGCACAGCAAGAGUUGGAAGAGACUGAGGAAAGAUCAAAGAUGGCUGAUGCUGGAAUCCAGGUUGCCCGUUUCUGCUAAAAAAAACCUUUCCCUCUCAAACCUAAUGAGGACUCUGAAUAUGAUUGGACCUAAAUUAGCCUUCUGCCGAUUUGUUAUAGUGAUUUAUAUAUGUGAAUGAUAAAACUUGAUAUUGCAAAUAUACUCUAAUAAGCAUGAA